UCGUGUUUAUAUAACGUCACGCUGCGCAGCAUGCGCACCAAAACAGAAGCGUUUAUCCUCUUAGUUUGAAGUUUAGUGUGUUUUUUCCCCCCAAGCGUUGUUGUGGUAAUAAUUACAAUAACAGGUUCCCCCUCAUAUAGACUUAGUUCGUUAAUAUUUAAUUUUUUUGCUGUUAUGGAGGAUUUCCCGGAAGAUUUGAGCUCAUUUCUACAGACGCAUCCUUGCUUUCAGCUCACAGACUCGAAGAAGAUCCGAUGCUCUCUGAACGCGCACGAGUUUCCCUGCAGCCUCGCCGAGCUGCAGCGCUUCACCGCGGGGAACAAAUACAAGAAACUGCGCGCUCAGGCCGAGUUUGACUACACUCAGUACGAGCCGCACAUAGUCCGCAGCACUAAACAGCCACACCCUGAAAGACAACCUAAGUUGUCUAAGCAAGAUCCGUGUCUCUCUGCAGCGUCUGUGUUCACCGUGAAGAAGACGGACGAUGAGCAGAACGUCAGUGAUGCUGAGGAAGAUGAUUUUCAGACCGAUGAUGAUGAAGAUGAAGAUGUGUCUGAAAUGGAAGUAGAAAACCAGAUGCAGAAACGCAAAAAGGUUCAGUCUGCUGGCUUUACUAAGAAGAUUAAGAAGAACAACAAGAAGAAGAAGGGUUUUAAACAUGUUGGCAAAGUCAAUGGAAAAUAAUAAAGUUUGUAACUCAUUGAAA